AUGGCGUCGGGCCAGACUGCGCGUGCGCGGAACCUGCGACGCCCAGAAGAACCACAGAAUAAGAGAACUCCAGACUUGCCUGAAGAAGAAUUUGAAAAGGAAGAGAUCAAGGAGAAUGAAGAAGCAGUCAAAAAGAUGCUUGUAGAAGCCACCCGGGAGUUUGAGGAGAUUGUGGUGGAUGAGAGCCCUGAUUUUGAAAUACAUAUAACAAUGUGUGAUGAUGAUCCACCCACACCUGAGGAAGACUCAGAAACACAGCCUGAUGAAGAAGAAGAAGAAGAAGAAAAAGUUUCCGCACCAGAGGUGGGAGCUGCCAUUAAGAUCAUCCGGCAAUUAAUGGAAAAGUUUAACUUGGAUCUGUCAACAGUUACACAGGCCUUCCUAAAAAAUAGUGGUGAGCUGGAGGCUACUUCCUCCUUUUUAGAGUCUGGUCAGAGGGCUGAUGGGUAUCCCAUUUGGUCCCGACAGGAUGACUUAGAUUUGCAAAAAGAUGAUGAGGGUACCCGAGAUGCACUGGUCAAAAAAUUUGGUGCUCAGAAUGUAGCUCGGAGGAUUGAAUUCCGAAAGAAAUAAUUGGCAAGAUGAUGAAAAAAAAGGGUUUGGUAGAUAAGGCAUUAAAAAAAUUUUUUGUGACUAUUGAACUUCAGAGAUUUUUACAUUGGAACUGACACUCAUCUUUUGACCAAUGCUGUUGUUGCUCUGUGAGUCCUAGAUUUUAUAGCCAAGUAAAGUUGGAGGAUGAAAAUAAAAGAAAUUGGAUAUAUUUAGAGCUGUUCCUGGCAGUAUCAAUGUGUUUGUAAAAGGAAAAUCAAAAACAGAGAGGUUCGUUUACAUAGUAAUAACCGCUUUCUGGAAUGGAAUCCCUGCUGUAUUGAUGAGAGGAGCUAGUGACCAAGUCAAAGGCAGAAAAUUAGAUGGGUCUUUUCAGAAAGCAUAAAUAAAGAGCCUCCUAUCCUUUGGCAGAAGCUUCUCUAGGUUAUGAUAGAUUCCAAAUCAGGAAUCUAGGAAUGUGGAAAGAUUUAAUUACAAGGCCUUUGAACAUGGACUGUCCCAAACCCUUGCAUCCCCCAGUGAACUCUGAUUUCUGGGCUGCUUUGAAAACCCCAUAUUCCUUUUGCCAACUUAUAUUUGGGGAGCCUGUUUGUUGGCUGUUCUUUUCUUCAGGUCUGUGUCAGUUAAGUCUCUAGCAUGUGUUUCUUUACCUACCAUCCAGUUUUGUUUAAAACACAAACAAAAAUUUAGAGAGUCUUGAGAAAAGUCUUACUUGGUUACUCGUAAUGUGUUUUUAUUUAUUGAGGAUAGUUUUGUGCAAAGAAUAGUGUUAGAUUUAAAAAUUAGAGGAUUAAUUCCUCUUUGUUGUGUUGAUUUCAUUACUGAAAAUAAAUAGAACUUUGUAAA